AUGUCGCGGGUGAGCGGCCCCGGGCCGGCCGGCAGCGCCAAGGAGAAGCGCUCCUUCAGCAAGCGGCUCUUCCGCGGACGGGCGGCGGGCGGCGGCGCGGGCUCGGCCCCGGCCCCCGCCGCCGCCGCCCCGGCCCCGUCCCCGUCCGGGCGGUCGCUCGGCGGGUUCAUGAGCCGCGUGCUGAAGACCCUCUCCACCCUCUCGCACUACAGCAGCGAGCCCGAGCCCCGCGGCCCGCACGCCCCGCGCCUGCCCCCGCCGCAGGCGGCCGGCGGCCUGGGCAGCUGCUUCCCGCCGGGCCCGCCGCGCAGCCCCGAGCCCCCGCCGCGGCCCGCCGGCGGCCCCGAGGCCGUACCCGGCGUGGCGGGGCUGCGCAACCACGGCAACACCUGCUUCAUGAACGCCAUCCUGCAGUGCCUCAGCAACACCGAGCUCUUCGCCGAGUUCCUGGCGCUGGAGCAGUUCCGCGGCGGGCCGCCCCCCGCCGCCCCCAGCCCCGCCGCCGACGGCCCGCCGCCCGCGCCCGGCGAGGUGACCGAGCAGCUGGCGCAGCUGGUGCGGGCGCUGUGGACGCUGGAGUACACCCCGCAGCACAGCCGCGACUUCAAGAACAUUGUGUCCAAGAACGCUAUGCAGUACCGCGGGAAUGCCCAGCACGAUGCGCAGGAGUUCCUGCUUUGGCUUCUAGACAGAGUCCAUGAAGAUCUGAACAAUGUAGUGAAUUACAGCGGCAUGCCUCCACUCAAGCCACCGCUGGAGGAUGACGUGCUACUCGAGGGACCAGCCUUUCCAAUCAGUAGUACUUUUGUUCAGGAACUCUUUCAAGCCCAGUACAGGUCCUCUCUGACGUGCCCUCAUUGCCAGAAGCAGAGUAACACCUUUGACCCUUUUCUCUGCAUCUCUCUGCCGAUUCCUUUGCCUCAUACGCGGCCGCUCUACGUCACCGUGGUGUACCAGGGGAAGUGCUCUCACUGCAUGCGGAUCGGGGUGGCGGUGCCCGUCUCUGGAACGGUGGCCAGGCUGCGGGAGGCUGUCUCCUCAGAAACCAAGAUACCCACGGAGCAGAUCGUGCUGACGGAGAUGUACUAUGAUGGGUUUCAUCGUUCCUUCUGCGAUACUGAUGACCUGGACACCAUUCAUGAAAGCGACUGCAUUUUUGCCUUUGAGACCCCAGAGAUAUUUAGGCCCGAGGGUAUCCUCAGUCAGAGAGGAAUACACGUGAACAAUAACCUGAAUAACUUGAAAUGUGGCACUGAGCACUCCCGAACAAUAUCUUACUCUCAAGGAACAGUGAAGUCUGGAAAACUGGAACAGUCCUCUACUAAACCAGCAGCAAACGACAAGAUUGUCUUGCUGGUGUGUAACAGAGCGUGCACUGGACAGCAGAGCAAAAGGUUUGGCUUGCCCUUUGUGUUGCAUUUGGAAAAAACAAUUGCUUGGGAUAUUCUGCAGAAGGAAAUUCUGGAGAAGAUGCAGUAUUUCCUGCGGCCUGCAGCCUGCAUGCAGGUUUGCCCAUUCAGCUUGCGAGUGGUCAGUGUUGUGGGCAUAACGUACUUGCUACCUCAGGAGGAGCGACCCCUCUGCCAUCCAACAGUGGAAAGGGCAUUGAAGUCAUGUGGACAGGGGGGAACUGCUCAUGUGAAAUUAGUGGUAGAAUGGGACAAAGAAACUAAAGAUUACUUGUUUGUGAAUACGGAAGAGGAGUAUAUUCCAGACUCCGAAAGCGUCCGCCAGCAGAGAGAGCUUCAUCAUCAACCUCAGACCUGCACUUUAUCUCAGUGUUUCCAACUGUACACCAAAGAGGAACAGCUUGCCCCAGAUGAUGCAUGGCGAUGCCCACACUGCAAGCAGCUGCAGCAGGGUAGCAUCACACUGAGCCUCUGGACCUUACCUGAUGUUCUCAUCAUACAUCUCAAAAGGUUUAGACAGGAAGGAGACCGAAGGAUGAAACUUCAGAACAUGGUUAAGUUCCCCCUGAGUGGCUUGGACAUGACUCCUCAUGUUGUUAAACGCAGUCAGAGCAGCUGGAGUCUGCCAUCUCACUGGUCACCCUGGAGGAGACCUUAUGGUCUCGGAAGGGAUCCUGAGGACUAUAUCUAUGACCUGUAUGCUGUCUGCAACCAUCAUGGCACCAUGCAAGGGGGACACUAUACAGCAUAUUGCAAAAACUCGGUUGAUGGCCAGUGGUACUGCUUUGAUGACAGUGAUGUUCAGCAACUUUCUGAAAAUGAAGUCUGCAAGCAGACAGCUUAUAUUCUUUUCUACCAGAGACGCACAGCAAUCCCAUCGUGGUCUGCUAACAGCUCUGUGGCAGGCUCCACAAGCUCCUCGCUCUGUGAGCACUGGGUCAGCCGUCUUCCUGGUAGCAAGCAGCCCAGCAUUGCUUCGGCAGCAUCAUCACGGCGCACGUCUCUGGCUUCACUCUCAGAAUCGGUAGAGCUGACUGGGGAAAGGAGUGAAGAUGAUGGAGGAUUUUCAACUCGGCCGUUUGUAAGAAGUGUCCAGCGUCAGAGCUUGUCAUCUAGAUCUUCUGUCACCAGCCCACUGGCAGUGAGUGAAAAUGGUGUCAGGCCCUCGUGGUCACUCUCUGCAAAACUGCAGUUGCGUUCCAACUCUCCGUCGCGCUUCUCUGGAGAUUCCCCUGUGCAUACCUCUGCUUCCACCCUGGAGAAGAUCGGGGAGGCUGCUGAUGAUAAAGUCUCCACCUCUUGCUUCGGCAGCCUGAGGAACCUCUCUAGCAGCUACUUGGAGCCCUGUGAUGGCAGUCGACGAGAGCACAGGACAGCUCGCAGAGCUCCUUUGGCUGUCAUGGAAGGGGCAUUCAAGGAAGAGUCUGUUGUAAGGACAUCUAGCUCAGAUCUUUCAGAUGGGUAUGGUAAAAGCUCUGUGCAGCCAGACAGGAAUCACCCUGCUUUGGACCCUUUUGAUAACAACAAUCAAAUCGCCUUUGUUGAUCAGAGUGAUUCUGUGGAUAGCUCUCCAGUCAAGGAGGUGAAAGCCCCCAGUGGGACAGGGCUGGCUGCAGAGAAGGAUGGCACCCCUAAGAAGGUUCACAGCUCCAAGGGAGUUUCUGAGCCAGACAAAAGUUUGAGGAAGGGAAGGACAGUCUUAUCUACCCAAGAGACCAAAGUCUCUCACUCUUCUCCUCCUCCACUAAAGAGUUCCCAGAAAGUUUCCCGGUCUAGAAGUAAGACGGACUCCUCUAGGGCCAGUGGGCGACAUGGGUCUCCUGCUCCCACUCAGGCUAGGAAGGACCAUAGCACGAAGCCCCUUGAGGUGGCUGUCCCAUUGGCCCAACAGAAGCAAAAGUCAGGUUCUUCUCCAUCCUCCACAGCUGCCAAGAAAACCCCAUCAGGCUCAUUGACUAAGGGCUCUUCUGCUGGGAAGAGCCGGACUUCAGACCGAAGCCUCAGCAGGGAGGGCUCUAAGAUAAGUCUGGGGUCGGAUAAAACGAGCGUUACCAGCAGUUCAAGAACGAGCUCCCCGCGGAUAAGCCACUCUAGGAGUGACAGCAGGGCAGUAGACAGCAAGCAUGUGCGGAGUUCCUCUAUGGCCAACCUGCGGUCUCCAAAUGUUGGUGUGCGUUCUGGUUUGAAGAGGGACAGCAAGUCAGAAGAGAAAGGAUUGUCUUUCUUUAAAUCAGCCUUAAGGCAGAAGGAGACCCGGAGGUCAGCAGACCUGGGAAAGACAACGAUGCUCUCAAAAAAGACAGGGAGUGGCAGUUCCAAGUCAGGCAGUAAAAAUGUGCUGGAAGACAAAUCGGAGAAAGGUGUUGUCCCACCAGCCUCUCAAACCAAUGCCAACGUUACUGCAAAAGAAAAGCUUGUCCCAAAAGAUGCCACACCCAACAAACAUUCUCUGCUAUCCAGUCGCAAGUCCAAGUCUUCCCAGCUAGAUCCCGGAGUCCAGUCUCCUCCUUCCAGUGGCAAGCAGUCUGCCGACAAGCCGCUGAAAAAAUUAUCUUCCAGCAUGCAGGUGUCUGUACGGCCUUCUCUGGAACCUCAGUGAAAUGCUGCAAUCCAGGUGUCUUUUCUUCUGCUGAGAAGCUAAUUUAUUCUGAGCUCUUGUUUUUUUGUUCAUGUGCCUAAUGUAUGUUUUGAGAAGUUAACUGCAAGUUGUUAAAGCGCCUUUUGAUUCUGCCAUCAAACCAAAUAGCCACAGGCAGCCAGCACUGAUGCAAGUAGUCUAGCUGGAGUCGUUGUUGAACAUGAAUGCAGCUGUCCCAUAGCACUUGUACAGGAGUCUCUUUAUAGAAAAUGCAACAACUUUCUUCAGGUUCAAGGUCUGAAAUCUGAAACCCAGUUGUACUGACACUAGUGUGCUUUGUAGAGCUGUGAACUGAUAUUCCUUUGGUCUUGUUCUGAGCAGGCUGUGUCCAUGCUGGUGUAUGGCCUUGUUCUGAGCU